GUGUGCGUGCGCACGCUAUUCUAAACACUACUACUAUCUACUGUAGCCAGCUCGCUGGUUAACAGCUACGUUUUCAGAUUUGGACCUGGAAUCAAUUCUGCUUGUCUUAUUAUGGCAGACGUGAGGGUGUUCAAUGUGGUAAUUCUGGGAAUAGGAUUUCUACUCAUUUUCACCGCUUUCACAACUUGUGGAAACAUUGAACAAACUGUGAUUAAAAGCGUGGAAAAUAGGACCUUCGUAGGAAGUGGCUACCACAGCCUUGGGAUUAUAUAUGGAGUUUUUUCGGUGUCUAAUCUGUUCGCUCCCACUGUGGUCACAAUAUUGGGACCGCAGGUCACCAUGUUUCUCAGUGGAGUGCUAUACAGUGGCUACAUUGCUGUGUUCAUCCAUCCUGCUGCUUGGAGCCUUUACACAACCUCUUUUCUCAUUGGAGUUGGGGCAGCCAUGCUUUGGACUGCUCAGGGACACUUCCUGGUGCAGAACUCAGAUGCUGCCACUAUCAACAGGAACACAGGGGUGUUCUGGGGUCUUCUGCAAUGCAGUAUGCUGUUUGGAAAUCUCUACAUCUAUUUUGAUUGGAACGGAAUAACAGAAAUAACAGACGGUAACCGGAGAAGCUUGUUCCUGGCUCUGCUGGUCAUCUCUGUGCUGGGGACACUGUGCUUCUUGGUGCUGAGAAAACCACCCCUGCAGGAGGACAUCUUGUCUGAAGAGGAAGGGCAGUCCUUACUCUCAGCUCAUGUGAUGUACAAACAAAGAGCGGUGUCGGCUGUAAGAGAAGCCAAGUCAGACUUUGGAACAAUGCUCAAGUUGUUUCAGUCCAGAACCAUUCUCCUGCUAAGCUGCUGCAUGGCCUACAGCGGUUUGGAGCUGUCCUUUUACAGCGGGGUGUAUGGAACAUGCCUGGGGGCGACGACUCACUUUGGAAAUGCAGCAAAAGGCCUGAUUGGGCUCUCUGGGAUAAUGGUGGGGAUCGGGGAGAUCCUUGGCGGGGGUCUGUUUGGGCUGGUGUGCAAGAACAGCCGUCUCCGACGCACGUCCGUGGUCUUCCUGGGCAUGGUAGUGCACUUCAUCGCCUUCUAUCUCAUCUUCCUCAACAUCCCGGACGACGCGCCUCUGGCUAUAAACAGUGGCACGCAGCACGAGCCAUACCUGCUGCCCAGCGCAUCCAUUGCCUUGCUGUGCAGCUUUCUGCUGGGACUGGGAGAUAGCUGCUUCAACACCCAGCUCUACAGCAUCCUGGGCUGCGUGUACGCAGAGCAAAGCGCACCCGCUUUCACCAUCUUCAAAUUCAUCCAGUCCAUAUGCGCAGCCCUGGCCUUCUUCUACAGCGGAUACCUGCUGCUGACGUGGCAGCUGCUGUUGAUGGUGCUGCUGGGAUUCAUGGGAACCCUCUGCUUCUUCCUGGUGGAGAAGAUGCAGAACCUAACCGGGGUCUUGGAACAGCCAUAACCGACCCCGGGUAUCUCACCGCUCACUUUCCGUUACACGGGGCCAAAGUUGGAUAUCGUUUAACCUGGAGGAUGUGCACUAUUUUAUAUCGGCUUUAAACUGAAGUAACAGUUGCAAUACACAAACAAUUUUGUUAUACGAGUUAUUUAUUUAUGUAUUGAGUAAAUGGUCACUGGAGAAAGACAUUUCAGUUUGAUCUUUGUUUGGCUUUCCUCGUACACUUCUCUCAGGUUUAAAUGCACGUCAUAAUUUUUCUGCACCAGAGACUGUUAUAUUCAAAUAGUACUUGAACGUCAACUAUUAAUAGGACAAUCACAUAAUAAUAAAAAUAUAUGGCCUACUGGACAGGAAGAUAUUUUUUCUUUUACUCUUAAUGCAUUUUGACAGGUAAUUUAUCAUUGUACUUGGCAGGUAGGAAAUCUAUGGAUAUGUCCAGGUAUUCAUGUUCUGUGAAUAUACAGAUGAAAGGAAGUCAGUUUGGCACCAAAGACAGUCAGGGGGAAAAUCAUUGUUAGCUCCUUUUAUUACUGGAGGAAACACAAGUUUGUUCUCAUGAAUUUUACCGGUGUAUUUGACAUAUACGAGACUACACCAUGAUACCUUUACUACACAAGAGUACAUUUUACUACACAACAAUAAAUACCUUGAAUGCCACCAAAAUUAAGGUAUUUUGUUCUCAGUUGUAUUUUACGCAAGGCUACAGGUAAGUGUAAUAUAAUUUAGGCCAUUCAUUUUGUUGACUGUACUGCCACAGGUCUAGAUAAGUCUUCUGCAGCAAGUAGUAUGAAAUCCCGUGCAGUAAAUUCUGCUUGUUAUAUUAUGUUUAUAUUAUCAUUUCAAGCCGUUUUGUGGUUGCAUUUCGUAUUUACAUAACAUAAAAAAUGUUAGUCAUGUGUAUUUUCUCUGACAGUAUAGACUGCUUCUUAAAGUGACCAAAGUAACAUUUUAAAAUAGCAGAAAUGUGCCUUUAUGUUUUAUGUGCCAGUGUUUAAUUUGUUUAAUAUACUGACAUUGGCCAAGAUGGCUUAUUCGUGUUUAUUCAUGUUAGUGUUAUGUAAUACUGACAUUGGUGUUUUUUUAAUUGUAUUUUUGUCUUUUGACAUUUUUAUAUUGGAAUAAACAUGUAAAGCAUUUAUUUAAA